AUGACGAGAAUUGCCUUCUUCAUCACCGCUGGCCUCGGGCUUGUACCCUUGGUCUUUGCGAGCACGCUGCCUAAUCUGAAAAACGAUGGCCCAAUUGAUGAUGAGCUAACCGGCCGGAAUGUGGACUCCAUGAGAAGACUGGAUUCAAUCAUCGAGGACAUCUUGCCAAAUUCUGGUACUGGACGGUCUGCAGGUAGCCCAGAGUACAAAUGGCUCUUCGACUAUUCUCUACCCAUUCCAAAGGUCGCGCAGCCUUUGUUCACCGAGACAGUCAAUGGAGUACCGAUCGAAUACUACGAGACAACCAUUGAGCAAUUCCAACACCAGGUGUAUCCUGAUCUAUCUCCUGCAAAUCUUAUAGGCUAUGGCGGAGCGGCUCCAGGAGCGACGUUCAUGAUCACCAAAGGCACCGAGACCGUCAUCCGCUACGUGAACCGGGGCAGGCGUUCCUCUGCAGUACAUCUUCAUGGGUCGUACACGCACUCGCCCUGGGAUGGAUUUGCCUUCGAUGAGAUCGACCCUGGACAGUACAAGGAUUACUACUACCCGAACACUGAAUCUUCCAGGAGCAUGUGGUAUCAUGACCACGCACAUGGCCAUACAGCACUCGAUGCCUACUAUGGUCAAGCUGGAGCAUACUAUCUUGUAGACCCUGCAGACAACGCCCUCGGACUUCCCAAGGGAAAGUAUGAUGUUCCGCUCGCGCUCAUGGACAAGAUCUACCAGUCCAACGGUGAUCUCGCUAGCCCGGGUCCAAGCACUAUCGGCUUCUUCGGAGACACUGUUGAGGUCAACAAUCGACCUUGGCCCUACUUCGAUGUGGAGCCUCGCAAGUACCGCCUCAGAAUAUUCGACAUGGCCCUCAGUCGUGUGUUUCAAGUCUACUUUGUCGAUGAAAAAGGCACUGCUGUUCGUUUCCAAGUCAUUGCUUCAGACUCAGGCCUCUUUGAAUCUCCUGUCAGCGCCGAGGACUUUGUCAUUGCUCCGGGCGAGCGUUAUGAAAUCAUUGUCGACUUCUCUAGAUUUGCUGGAUCGAACAUUACCAUGCUGAACUCUCAGGAGCAGCAGCCUAACAACACAAAGUUCGAUAACACAGACAAAAYCAUGCGGUUCCGCGUUGGGACGAGCGUAGAAGAUGGUUCGAUCAAUGGCGCUAUUCCCACUUCGCUCGCCAAUGUUAAUUGGCCUCCAAGCCGUGAUACUGUCGACCAUGAGUUCAACUUCCAGGUGGGAGGUGCGGAUGACUGGACAAUCAAUGGUGUCUCCUUCAGCGAUCCAAACAGCAGAGUCCUGGCACGACCGCCGCAAGGAACAGUCGAACGUUGGAGAUUUCGACACACUGGCGGUCUAGCCGUACAUCCUGUACAUGUGCAUUUGGUCAACCUCCAAGUUCUCAGUCGUUCUGGUGGAGCUCGAGGGGUUGCGCCAUAUGAGGCUGCUGGCUUGAAAGAUGUUGUCAUGAUCGCUCCCGGAGAGACGGUCGAUGUCCUUGCAACGUACGGACCUUGGAAUGGGAUGUACAUGUUCCACUGUCACGAUUUGAUACACGAAGACAACACUAUGAUGGCUGCAUUCAACACCACCCUCCUUCGAGAGUUGGGCUACGAUUACAACAGCACCCAGGGCUUCUCAGAUCCUAUGGACUCCAGGUUCAUCGCGAGAGACUACGAUGUCAGUGCCUUCAACGAUGAUGCACGACGCGAAAAGGUCCGCAUGUUUGGCAAUUUGAAAGCCUACGCUGCGGUCGAAGAGCUUCGGGCGGCUCAGGCUGAACACUACGCUACGGCUGGCUACAAUGGUGAUGUAGAUCCUCCAAGGCCAUCGAAAACUGCAGCUCCCGAGAGUGUUGGUGUAGGGUCCAUCAGUGGAGCUCGGGCAACAUCAACAGCGUUGUUUGAUAAGAGGCUCGAGCCGGCUCUAAGUGCAGACAGACGAGCUGGAGUCAGUGUAGGAGCGUAA